CUUGCAGGUUUUGUUGAUCUCAAGGUGAUUCAUGGUCUCAGCACGCAGCAGUGCUCGGGGAAAACUGGUUCACCAGGUCCCCCAGGGCCACCGGGCCCCCAAGGUGCUCCAGGUCCCAAGGGAGAGCUGGGCUCGCCGGGUCCACCUGGACUGGAUGGUGAAAAGGGUCCUAAAGGAGCGAAGGGCGACCAGGGCAGCACAGGGAUCACAGGCCAGAAAGGAGAGACAGGAGAAAUGGGCUUAGCAGGUCCACCGGGAGCAGAAGGGCCAAAAGGAGACAAAGGAGACGCUGGGUCACCGUGUUUGCAGAAUAAUCAUAUCAUACCUGAGCCUGGACCCCCCGGAUUACCUGGCCCUAUGGGUCCUCCAGGAAUCCAGGGACCUAAAGGCUUGGAUGGUGCAAAGGGAGAAAAAGGUGCCAGUGGUGAGAAGGGGGACCACGGCGACGCUGGACCUGCUGGCCUCCCGGGUGCGCCAGGGCUCAUCGGUUUACCCGGUACCAAAGGAGAGAAGGGAAAGCCAGGGGAGCCAGGAUUGGAUGGUUUCCCAGGUCUCAGAGGAGAGAAAGGAGAGAGAAGUGAAAGAGGAGAGAAGGGUGAGCGAGGAAUACCGGGGAGAAAAGGAGCCAAAGGGCAGAAGGGGGAACCAGGCCCCCCGGGACUGGAUCAGCCUUGCCCCGUGGGACCAGAUGGACUGCCAGUAGCAGGAUGUUGGCAUAAGUGAUCUCUAAGCAUGAAGCACAAUAUGUAAAUAAUGUGAUAUAUUUUGAUCUUUUUAAUUUUUGUAUAAAAAAAGGAGGAAAAAAAAAAACUUUUGACAGUAAUAUAUUGACCUUUUUUUAUACUGGAUUCUGUCAUUUAUGGACUUUGAAAAUACUGUAAAGCUCCCAAACCUGUAAAAUACACACGAUAACAUCAGGAUUUGAUAAAGGUACCAGUGACAGUAGCUGGGAAUGAACAGUAUUCACUGCUAAUGCUGCUGUGGGAACUAACAGGGCUGGCACAGCCCGUUGCCUGGUGUGCCUUGUCGCAUGGAGGAGGGAGAAUUCCCUGUCCUAACCUGGCUCUCAACUCUCUAUUUGCAUUGCACCUGCACGUUAAAAGGGUGAAAAAAACAAGCUGAAAACAAA